AUGUCACAAGAGGGCAGUGGCAGCGCAAUCAAUGCCUACAACGACGUGGAGAAGAAAGGUGGUGAACCAGGAGGGGGACACCACGUCUCAGUCGACCCAGCUCAAGAUGUCUACUAUGAUCCAAGUAAAGAAAAGUUCCUCACCAGGUUGGGGUUCAACUUUGAGUCUUUCAAGAGAGCUCCGGGGACCACCAGAGGAUUGGUAUCCCACGGUGAUAUCCCACCGGAAUACCUCCAACAUGAUAAUCCCCUCUUACAACAGAAGAUGAAACCUAGACAUCUUCAAAUGAUCGCAGUAGGUGGUUCUAUCGGUACUGGUCUCUUCGUCGGUUCAGGCAGUGCACUAGGAAAUGGUGGGCCUGCUGGUAUCCUGUUAGCAUGGAUCAUCAUGGGUGUAAUGUUAAUCAAUGUCACCCAAGCACUUGGUGAGAUGGCUAUUAUCUUUCCCGUCUCUGGUGGUUUCUACACUCUCGCUUCUCGAAUGGUCGAUCCUGCUUUUGCCUUCGCUAUGGGCUGGGUGUAUGUCAUGCAAUGGGCCGUCACUCUGCCUUUGGAAAUUACCGUCGCCGGUUCUACUGUACAAUACUGGGUGCCACUAGCAGCCUGGAUAACCAUUUUCAUGAUUGUUAUUAUCAUUGCAGCAGCAUUCGGUACACUAGGAUACGCAGAAGAAGAGUUCUGGUCGUCUUGCCUCAAACUACUCGUCGUGGUUCUUUAUAUCAUCAUUGGUAUCGUCUGCAUCUGCGGUGGCGGACCUGCAGGUGGUGACUUCGAUACUUACCAAGGUGGAAGACUAUGGCACGAGCCGCCUGGCGCAUUCGCAAAUGGAUUCAAAGGUGUCUGCGCGGUGUUCGUUACAGCUGCAUUUUCUUUCGCUGGUACUGAAUUGGUCGGUCUCGCCGCUACUGAAACACCCAACCCUCGAAAGACGAUGCCCUCAGCAGUCAAAAACACCUUUUGGCGAAUCACCUUGAUCUACAUCACCUCGUUGACGAUUGUCGGUCUUACUAUCCGAUCUGACGAUCCAGAUCUUUAUAACGGUAGUGGAUCUGAUAUUUCACCAUUUGUCAUCUUGAUGGACCGUGCCAGGAUCAGAGGUUUGAACCAUCUUAUCAACCUCACCAUCUGUAUUUCCGUCUUAUCCAUCGGUUUAUCAUGUGUCUAUGCCGGAUCUCGAACUCUCACUGCAUUGGCUGAGACAGGCUACGCACCCAAGAUAUUCACCUAUGUCGAUAAAUCUGGAAGACCCCUUUGGUCACUGGUCGCUAUCCUCGUGUUUGCUCCUAUAGCUUAUAUCAAUUGUGCCGACGUCGGAUCAGACGUGUUCGAUUGGUUGGUGGCCCUCAGUGGUCUGUCGACAUUGAUCACCUGGUUAUCUAUCUGUGUCACUCAUAUCAGAUUCAGAAAGGCAUGGAAAGUCCAGGGUCACUCGACAGAGGAAUUGCCCUUCAAAGCUAUGGGUGGAGCAUACGGCUCAUGGUUGGGUGCUACUUUGAUCGUCAUCAUCCUCAUCGCCCAAUUCUACAUUGCUCUAUUCCCCAUCGGAGGUGUCGAAUCGGCAGGCGAACGAGCCGAAUCAUUCUUCAUCGCUUAUCUCGCGGCACCGGUCAUGAUCCUCUUCUACGCGGUUGGAUUCGCCUGGAAACGAACCCUUCCCAAGAAGGCUCACGAAAUCGAUCUUGAUACUGGUAGGAAAUCAUGGUUGACAGUUGAAGAUAUGAGAGCGUACAGGGCUGAAAGAGCAGCAGCUCCGUUGUACAUAAGGGUCUACAGGAUGUUGUUCUCUAACUAA